UUAUACAAGAGAAAACAAUCAUUCAAUUGGCUGCUGGGUGGCAAUGUCUCCUUUAAAAAAGGAUAUAGUUUUCAUGAUACUAAAGUUUCUAGGUGAAGGGAAGUUAAAGGAAACAGUUCAUAUGUUGGAGCAGGAAUGCGGGUUUUACUUCAACAUGGAACAUUUUGAAGAUCUAGUUCAGGCAGGCCAGUGGGAUGAAGUAGAACGAUAUCUCAGUGGUUUUACCAAAGUCGACGACAAUCAAUAUUCGAUGAAAAUCUUCUUGGAGGUCAGAAAACAGAAGUACCUUGAAGCACUUGAAAGUAAUGAUAGGACUAAGGCCGCCGAGAUAUUUGUAAAAGAUCUCAAGGUUUUUUAUACCUACAGCGAGGAGAUCUUCAAGGAGGUGACUAUGUUGCUUGAUCCGGAGAAAUAUAGUAAGAACAAGCAGCUAUCCAAGUGCAGACAUACAAAAUUGGCACGCAACAUAAUGUUUAUGGAGCUUAAGAAGCUUAUCGAAGCUAAUCCUUUACUUAAUGACAAGUUAAACUUUCCAUCAUUUAGUUCUAAUCGCUUAGAGGCCCUAGUCAACCAAAGUCUUAAUUGGCAGCAUUAUCUUUGCAAGGAUCCCCACCCUGACCCUGAUAUUGAAACACUCUUCACUGAUCACUCUUGUGCUUCUUCUGCCAAUGGUUCCUGCCAAUGUGUUGUUGACCACCGCUUCUUCCAACUCCGCGUCUCCCAUUCUUCUUUUUUUCCUCCAUAUCACUGCCUUAUGUCCUACAAUUUGAUUCAGCCGUUUCAACCAGUUGUUUCUCAACCUGCAAGUGCCAUGGCUGGGUGGAUGGCCAAUGCUAACCCACCAUUAACUCAGGAUGCUCCUGUAGUACACCUUCCACAUUUUGGACAACCUUCCAGUUUCACAUCGUUUCUAAGUAACCCGAGGCUUCAUAUACCAGAUGCUGUACACUUGAUGAAGAGAAUUCACAUAGGCCAACCAGAUGAGGUAUCACUCUCAGAUGCAACUCAUCAGCACACCAUUUUUCCCAAGGAUGGCAUUCCCCAAAUUGUCAUAUGGACUUUUAAUCAGGGCUCUGACGCGAUGAGCUUGGACUUUCAUCCUAUACAUACUCGAAUUCUUCUAGUUGGAACAAACGUCGGUGACAUUACCAUAUGGGAAGUUGGAUCGAGAGAAAGGAUCGCACACAAGACUUUUCGAGUUAGGGAUAUUGAUUCUUGUUCUUUGGCCUUCAAGACAGUGCUUGCAAAAGAUGCUUCAGUUACUGUCAAACGAUGCAUGUGGUGUCCUGAUGGCUCCAUUCUUGGUGUUGCAUUCUCAAAGCAUCUAGUCCAGACAUAUACUUUUGAUUUAAAUAGGGAAUUGCAUCAAAUGCUGGAGAUUGAUGCUCAUGUUGGCAGUGUCAAUGACAUUGCAUUUUCCCGUCCCAAUAACAGUUUGUCAAUUGUCACUUGUGGUGAUGACAAGACAAUUAAAGUUUGGGACACUAAAACAGGGCAAAAGCAGUACAUAUUUGAGGGGCAUCAAGCCCCAGUUUACUCUGUCUGUCCUCAUUAUAAAGAGUCUAUCCAGUUCAUCUUCUCUACUGCAAUUGAUGGGAAAAUCAAAGUAUGGAUUUAUGAUUGUUUGGAAUCGAAAAUUGACUUUGAUCCUCCUGGACAUUGGUGCACCAGAAUGCAAUAUAGCACUGAUGGAACAAGGCUUUUUUCGUGUGGAACGAGUAAAGAUGGAGAAACACUCCUAAUGGAGUGGAAUGAGGGUGAGGGAUCUAUUAAAAGGAUCUACUCUGGCUUGAGAAAAAAUCCAUCAGAAGUUGUCCAGUUCGACACAACUAAGAAUCACUUCUUGGUUGCUGGAGAUGAUUUCGCGAUUAAGUUUUGGGACGUGGAUAAUGCUAAUAUCUUGCAUUCUAUUGUUGCAGACGGAGGACUUCCUGCAAGUCCAAAGGUGAAAUUCAAUAGGGAGGGCACACUUCUUGCGGUUACAACAAACAAUUGUAGAAUCAAAAUCUUGGCGAACGCCGAUGGACAAAGAAUCGUAAUGAUGAACGAGGGAUCGCGAGGCCCUUCUCAACACAUUAGUACAAAUGUUAAGGUAGAUUUCAAGCCACCUAAAUUUUGAUACAGAAGUAAAAGUUUAAAACUUGUUGAGCUAUUGAACUCUACUUGAAGAAUAAUUAACAGUGGUCCAUUUUACCACUCGUAUACACAUAUGUAAUGCCAACAUAUGCAAUGCAGUCAUUGUUUUAAGCUUCGAUCGACUCAUCCAAACCAAAGUGAUUCAUUUGCAUAAAACAUAUCUUUCGGAAUAUACUGGAAUAGAGAAGAAUGAUAAAUGAUGUAUAUUUAGAUUAAAUAUAGAGAAUCAACAAAAUGGGAAAGGAAAAGCUCUUUGCAUUAUAUAUAUAUAUAAAAAAGAUAUUGAUGGCAUAUCCUUCCUCACCUGCUUGGGCUCUUCCUCUCCUGACGCUUUAUGAGUUGAAGCAAUGACAAUCUCCUAGCUGGCCGA